UGUGCGUUCCACUGUCGCCUCCUGGGCUUCUCAGUUCCCCGUGGGUCCCACCAGGGUCCCACAUCCCCACCUUCCUGCCUCUCCGCAGUUUCCUAUGACUUAUAGAGGAGCCUUUGUCUCCAGGCAGGGUGUUGGAAACUUGGUCCUGUUGUUCCUUAACGAUUUUCUAGAUGGGCAGAAUCAAUUCCUGGCAUAUGGCAGUGAAAAGUAACCAGAAAUACUCUAUUCGUCGCAACCUUGGGGCUCUGAUUAGCUCUGGUGGCACUAUCCUUCAGCGGGGCUAUUGGGCUGACUUUUCUUAUGCUGGGAUGUGCCUUGGAGGACUAUGGCGUUUACUGGCCUCUGUUCGUCUUGAUCUUCUACGUCAUUUCCCCCAUCCCCUACUUCAUUGCCAAAAGGGUCACCUAUGACUCCGAUGCGACCAGCAGUGCCUGUCGGGAACUGGCAUAUUUCUUCACUACUGGGAUUGUUGUUUCUGCCUUUGGAUUUCCUGUUAUUCUUGCUCGUGUGGCUGUGAUCAAGUGGGGAGCCUGUGGCCUUGUGCUGGCUGGCAAUGCUGUCAUUUUUCUCACAAUUCAAGGCUUUUUCCUCGUCUUUGGAAGAGGAGAUGACUUCAGUUGGGAACAGUGGUAGCCCUUUACUCUGAUGGAAAGCAUUGAGUUUUUUAGAAUUUGUACUGUAUGUAUAAGUGUACACAUAUGGUGGUUUCUUACAGAUUUUAAUAUGCUGAGUUUUUUAUACCUUUAUAUCAUGACCAUCUUAGGGAAGAUGUUGUAAACAAAAGAUGAAUUUUAUUCCUAGCAAAUAGAUCACUCCAUUGACUCAGAUUUUACUUGGGAUAUGCUUGGGUUACCAGAGACCCUGGGACAGGUCUGUUAUAGCCCAAGCAGAGUUGGCGUUCUCUCUAUACACUGUAGCCUCUUCUCAGAGUGAGCCUCAUCCACAAAAAGCAUCAGCAUCUGCUAGGCACUUAUCGGGGAUUUGGGGUCCAAAGCCCCCAUUAGGUCAAAUGCAUUGGAUGAGAGUUCAUGUUUGUCAUAUGCAUGUCGAACUUUGAGAAGCUUUGUCAUAGAGGAAAAAGCAUCAUGUUUGCUCUCUUGUCUUCUCCUUAGCACAACCACUUAACCUCUCUGGGUGUUCCAUGCUCAUUUGCAAAAAACAAAACAAAACGAAAACCAAGAAAGCCCUGCCCCAUGUUAAGAAUAAGUUCAUACUCUUGAUGUUUCUAAAAUGUUUAAACCUAUAAUAUUUGUGAUGUUCCUCAAAUUUUGGGGUACCUGGGUAGAGUGUCGUGGAGUGUACCCCUUUAAUCCCAGUACUCAGGAGGCAUAAGUAGGUGGAUCUCUGUGAGUUUGAGGCCAGCCUGAUCUACAGAGUGAGUUCCAGGACAGCCAGGGCUACACAGAGAAAUCCUGUCUCGAAAAACCAAACCAAACCAAAACAAAAACAAAAACAAAAAACCCCAAAACAACAACAAAGAAAACAAACAACAACAAACUGGAGAGUCCUGUUCUUGGGAGGAAAUAGAUGAAUCCUCACAUCAUUUAAAGGGCAAUGACUGCACAGAGUAAGUCACAAGAUAACCCAAAAGCCCCUCUGGGUGCAUGGAGGGAAGCUGGGCUGGAACCCAUCCCUGCUUUAAGUGGAGGGAAGGACAGACAAUUCUUUGAAAACUCCCUGUAAAACCUUGUACCUGUCCCUUCCCUCUGUCUCCUGCCCCCCACCCCAACCUUCCCAUUUGCACUUGGUGGCCCCCGGCCUCUCCUGGAGGUGUGUGACAGUCAAGAGCAAGCAGCGGGUGAGGGCUUCUUGGGAUUUACACAAUGGUGCACUUUUUGUUCUUUGUACUAAAUUUGAUGUCACCUCCACAGGAAACACGGGGACCCAUGUCACGGUGGUUCUAAUAAACAGUUUUUCUAGCUUACCCUUUUUAUCUGCUACCUAUGAGGAGAAGGGAGUGAAAACAGCCACCUCAUCAGGAUGUUGUCGGCGGCGGCGGCGGUGGUUAAGCAUUAAUGUUGGUAGCUGGUGAGGGUCCAGAGCCCUCUUCUCUGAAGCUUGUGGUCUGAGGGACCAGCACACCCUCCCCAGGCUACAGUGACACUGCAACCGGCGGAUGAAUGGACAGUGGACAGCGUGCAAUGUUACUUUUUGGCCUUGUGCAUGAUAUUAUGUUUUCAAUAUUUUGUGUACAUAUCGAGUUGUUGUCAUUUCUAGUAUUUACAUUAGAAAAGUUAUUUAGAUACUUGACCAUUUUAACCAGCAUUUUUAAUCAUGGCACUUGCUAUUGUAAUAAAUUUGGCUUUAAACCCCCAA